AUGAGUAAAAAUAAAUAUCCCACCGGUACGUGUUGUAAACAAAUAAUCAUACACUUAAAUUAUUGAUUAAAUUUCAAAUCAAAUAAUAAAAUUAAUCAAACUGUCAAUUAAUAACUAACUAAUGAUAAAACAUGUGGUUAUUAGUCGAUAGCAGUAAAAAUAUUAAAAAACUAAACAGUGGAGAUACAAUAACAUUUGGACGCAGUAAUACAGAUAUCGUAUUGUCAAAUGAUGCUUCAAUAAGUCGUAAUCAUGCUAAAUUACAAGUCAUUACAGAAGAUAAAACUGAAAAAUUAUUUAUAAAAGAUAUCGGUUCAAAAUAUGGUACAUAUUUAUUAAAUGAUGAUGAAAAAAGUGAACAAUUCAAAAUAACCAAUGAAGGUUACAAUGUAAAAAGUAAUGAUAAAAUACGUUUUGGUUUACGUAAUCAUAUUUAUUCAUUAAUUUAUAAGCCAACAAUAAAAUAUCAUGUACUAAUUUCACGUGUUCAUGGUAAUGAUAAAAAUAAUUUAGAAAAUAUAUUUGAAAAAAUUGGCGGUAAAAUUUUAAAUUCGUGGUCUGAUGAGUGCACACAUUUGACAACAACUAAAACAGGAAUAACUGAAAAAGUUGCUUGUGCUUUGGCAUCAGGAAUUCCGAUUGUCAAUAUUAAUUACUGGGACGAUUUAUUAAAAGCUAAAGAAGAAACAGGAACAAUUCCAGAUUUAAAAAAAUAUAUGCCGCCAUUAGACAAUUCAUUUUUGGAUGAUAAACAGGCAACGUUGUCGCCAAAUUUAAUGCGAAAAAAAAUUUUUAAUGGUCUUAUUUUUUAUCAUUUUGAAAAAUUACAGCGCGAGUUGUAUUCAACAAUGAUUAGAUUAGCGGGUGGAAGAUCUUUCGUUUUUGAUGAAUCGGUUAAAGUAGAAGAUACUGUUGAAGACAAUGUUAUCAUUGUUCAGCCGUCUGAUGAUAUUGAAACUCAAUCAUCUUCUUUUGAACAUUUUCAAAAAAUUUCCAUGGAAUUGGCGCGAAAUAAAUUACGUACGAUUCCAUCAACUGAAAUUGCACUUGCUAUUUUUUACUGCUCUACAGAAAAAUACUGUAAUCCAAAAUUUAAAUAUAGAAAAUUAUUUAAAUCGACAAAACCGACAGUCGAAGAAAAUAAAAUGAAAUUUCCAGUUGUGGCUCAGGACACGCAGGACUUGGAUAAUUCACCUAAAGUUUUAAAAAGUCAGCGAAUUAUUCCUGAAUCUGUACCACUUGACUUUUCAGUAAUUGAGAACCCACGUGUAUCAAAAAAUAAAUUAAAUGUCAACGUUGAUAGAAGAAAAAAAAGUCUGGAAAAAAUAGAUAAAUCUAGAGAUAUACCAGAAUCAUCUUCAAGAAAUUUAAAAAAUAUAGAAUUAUGUAAGAAGAAUGAUGUUGAAGUUGGUGGUAAAGAUAAAACUGACGAAUCGGAUCAGAUAUUAAUUGCUAUUGAUAAUAAAAAUCAUAAAAAAACUGCCGAGCCAGCAGGAGUACAAAAAUCAGCUGAAAUUAAAGUCAAAGAAUCGCGUACAAAAAAAAAUGAUGACAUUGAAAUGGAUGAUGGAAAUGUUGAAAUUCCAGAAAUCUUAAAAAAAAAUAAAUUAAUGGAUAAUAAAAAAACAGAUAAGUCUGCAGUUAAUUUACGUGAAAAUGAAAUCGAGAAAUCACGUAAAAAUAAACUUAAAGAUGCAGCUGAUAAUUUAGAAGUUGAUACUGAUAAUAGAAAAAAUCAUGAGCCUGAAACAAGGAAGAGAAAAUCAAUUGAUGAAGACGUUAAAAAUAAAACUGUUUGGGAUAUUUUGUCAAAUACUUCACAGCAUAGAGAGUCUCGAGCUGUGGAUAGCGAUGAUGAUAUUAAACCAGAUGUCUCAAAUAUAUGGAUGGGUAAUUCGAAUUCACAAAGUAAGGAAAGAGGACAGAAGAGAAAAAAAAUAACCCAUGAAGAAGAAGGAAGAGAUAAAGAAAAUGGGAUAGUAAAAUUUGUAUACAUUGGAAGACAAAUUGAUGCUGGCAGUUCAACUAAUUUGAAAAUAAAUCAUUGUAGGAAAAAUAAAUGUUGUAUACCAAAAAGAAGAUUGAAGCGUGAAGACAUGUACGUGUGGGAUCCAAAGCAAAAGACGUAAAAAGAUAUUAUUACUGUUAAUAUAGUUAUUAUUAUUAUUAUUAUUAUUAUUACAUUUAACUAAAUAGUUAAAACUUUCUAUGUUGUUUUGUAUUAAUUUUCUUAUAUUUUAAUAAUUAAUGUUUAUAUAUAA